CGACAAUGUCAUGUAUUGAACACGUGGCAACGACCCACUUUGCCUGAGAGUUUCACUCCUAUUUCCAUGGGCCGUCAAUCUCUCUCCAUCGGCUACCUUAGAAGACCAAUGGUCUACGGAACACCAAUGACCAAAUUAACAAAUUCAAAAAAGGACUUUUUGAAUAAGCCAUGGCGAGUUAUUUCUGACCUUGUUUCAGAACUAAUCUUCAAGGCAAGAUCACUUCGUCAGUCCGAAUCAGCUUGUGAAAGUAUACUUAUGACUCAAUACCUAAAAUCAAAUCAGUAAUAUGGAUGUUUACAAACCAAUGGCAAAUCAUACUGAUGAAUCUGAAGCCAAGCAGCAGGAAAUAUUGGUUGAGUGGUUGCAUAACAUUCUUCCUAAUUUAAGCUUGCCAGACGGGGCUUCUGUGGAGGAACUGAGAGCUUGCUUAAUUGAUGGCACCGUUCUCUGUCGGAUUUUGAGCAGGCUUAGACCUGGUUCUUUCAAUGAGGGAGGUGAUUCUGAUUAUCCACCUGCUUCACGGCUGGAAAACAUUAAAAGGUUUCUUGCAACUAUGGAUGAUUUGGGGGUGCCCAAGUUUGAAAUAUCAGACUUGGAAAAGGGAUCUAUGAAAACUGUGAUUGACUGUCUUUUAAAACUUAGAGCACAAUUUUCGCUUGUGGGAGACAAUUUUUCUGUCUCAAGUACCACAAUAAAAUUCGGUAGUCUGAAUGGAGAUGUUUAUUCCCGGGGUGUUCUCUCUCCCUUAUCUGGAGUCGAAAGGCAGAAGGUUAUUUCAGAAUCAAGAUUUCAACGUGCUUUGCGUAGCCCUAUUAUGUCAGCACCUUCGGCUUCCUUAGUACAUCAAGUGAGAAAUAACAUCCACGACGUGUUUGAGAUAAAGAAUGGGAGUUAUGCAGACCUUCCACCUGCGAAGAUCACAGAGAUGAUGAAUUCAAACAGUUUAGAUAAUGCACCAACUCAGUCACUUUUGAGUGUCGUGAAUGGAAUCCUGGAAGAGAGCGUCGAAAGGAAAAAUGGCGAAAUACCUCAUCGAGUGGCCUGUUUGUUGAGAAAAGCUGUGCAGGAGAUUGAACGGCGUAUAUCGACUCAAGCAGAUCACUUAAGAACGCAAAACAAUCUUUUUAAGGCUCGUGAGGAGAAAUACCAGUCGAGAAUCAAAGUACUCGAAGCCCUUGCUUCCGGGACUGGCAAAGAGACUGGGAUUGAUAAUAACCAGCUUCAGCAAAUGAAGAUUGAGAAGUCCAAAAUGGAAGAAAGAAAGAAACUCGAGGAGGAGUACGCGGUUAGACUGAUAAAAGAGAAGGAUACAAGCAAUCUUGAAAUUUCAACAUUGAAGCAAGAAUUAGAAAUGGCAAAAAAGACAUAUGAACUGCGUUGCUUGCAAGUAGAAACAGAAUCUAAUUCUUCUAAAUCAGACCUAGAGAAGAGGAUAAAAGAGCUUGAGCACCGUUUGGCAGAGCCAAGUAAUAGGGUGAAAGAGCUUGAAAACCUCCUGGAAGAAUCAAGGAAUAGGGUGAAAGAGCUUGAGAACCUCCUGGCAGAGUCAAGGAAUAGGGUGAAAGAGCUCGAGGCAUAUGAACUGCGUUGCUCGGAAGUAGAAGCUGAAUCCAAAUCUUCUAAAUCAGACCUAGAUAAGAGGAUAAAAGAGCUUGAAAACCUCUUGGCAGAGUCAAGGAAUAAGGUGAAAGAGGUUGAAUCAUAUUCAGAGUCAAAAUAUCAAAAGUGGAGCAAGAAAGAGAAUAGCUACAAGAGCUUCAUGGAUUUUCAAUUUUGUUCUUUACGGGAAUUGAGAGUAUCUUCUGGGUUCAUCAAGCAAGAAGUUUUGAAAACGCAAAUGAGCUAUUCGGAAGAAUUCAAUCACCUAGGAGAGAAGCUUAAAGCAUUAGCAUAUGCAGCUGAGAACUAUCAUGAAGUACUUGAUGAAAACCGGAAGCUCUUUAAUGAGAUUCAGGAUUUAAAAGGAAACAUUAGAGUAUGUUGUCGGAUAAGGCCAUUUCUGCCUUGGCAGACUGCAAAACGUUCAACUAUAGAAUAUAUUGGAGAAAAUGGGGAGUUAGUUGUUGCAAAUCCCUCUAAACCAGGGAAAGAUGGAAAUCGAUUGUUCAAGUUUAAUAAGGUCUUUGGUCCUGAUGCUACUCAAGUGGAUGUAUUUUCAGACAUCCAGCCCUUGAUACGAUCUGCACUUGAUGGAUAUAACGUGUGUAUAUUUGCUUAUGGACAAACUGGUUCAGGGAAAACCUACACGAUGACUGGUCCUGACGGAGCAUCUAACGAGCAAAUGGGAGUUAACUACCGAUCUCUAAAUGAUCUUUUCCAUAACUCCCAACUUAGAAACAACUCCAUCAAAUAUGAAGUUGGGGUCCAAAUGGUUGAAAUAUAUAAUGAACAAGUGCGGGAUUUACUAUCAGGUGAUGGUUCCCAAAAGAAACUCGGGAUAUUGUCUACCGCUCAACCCAAUGGACUGGCCAUACCUGAUGCUAGUAUGCAUCCUGUCAGCUCAACUUCAGAUGUGCUAGACCUAAUGGAUGUUGGAAUGAAAAAUAGAGCUUCUGGUGCCACUGCAUUGAAUGAGAGAAGCAGUCGCUCUCACAGUGUCCUGACCAUCCAUGUUCGCGGAAAGGAUUUGAAGACUGGUGUUCCGCUGCAUGGUAAUCUUCAUUUGGUAGACCUGGCAGGAAGUGAAAGAGUUGACCGCUCUGAGGUAACUGGAGAGAGGCUCAAGGAAGCACAACAUAUUAACAAGUCCUUGUCUGCUCUUGGAGAUGUCAUUUUUGCUCUUGCACAAAAGAGUUCUCAUGUACCUUACAGGAACAGCAAACUCACUCAAGUCCUUCAGAGCUCUCUCGGAGGUCAAGCAAAGACUCUUAUGUUUGUGCAGCUCAAUCCCGAUGCAACUUCAUUUUCGGAAACUAUGAGCACUUUGAAAUUUGCAGAGAGAGUCUCCGCGGUUGAGUUAGGUGCUGCACGAAGUAGCAAAGAGGGCAGGGAUGUUAGGGAAUUAAUGGAGCAGGUGGCAUCUCUGAAAAACACAGUUGCCAAGAAGGAUGAUGAGAUAGAGCGGCUGCAAUUACUAAAAGAUCUCAAAAACGUGUAUUCGGGAAUCAAUGGAGAGAAGAAUGGGCCAAGUUCAAUGAGGUAUGAGUCUUCUUCUCCAAGCAGAGGUUAUGGAGGCGAUUCUCCUGAGCGUAACCAGAAGUCAUCAGCUGGAAAAGGCUUUGGAUGUACUGAGAAGGCAGCUUCCGAUCAUGACAACCGUUCAGAGUAUAGUGAUAAGAAUUCGAAAGCUGAUUCCCAGAAGUCCAUGGAUGACUAUAAACACAAAAAUGAACUGCCACAGAAAUCAAAAGUUGGUGGAAGCCGGAAUUUUCCAGCAGAUGGUGAGAUUUUAGGAUUUGGUGAUGCAGACCACGAGGAGAGAUUGAGUGACGUAUCUGACAGUUGUCUUUCUGCGGGAACAGACCCUGAUGGCUCAGUUGAUGAUACUAAUCCCACCGAUGGCAGAAAAUUGUCAAAUCAAUUACAAAGGCCGCGGUCAGCAUCUAAGUUACAGAGACCCCUACAAAGAUCAGGGCAGACUUCAUCGACGGCUUCAAAAGACCAUUUGAAGGUGUCAAAAAGUAUUAGAAGAAGUGAUAGUAGCUCUACCUUACUUAAGCCUCCCAGAAGAUGGACAUAGACAGUAAGGCAGCCGGUUCUUGCACUUUUUGGGUAUAGUUUUUUCAUACAUAUAUAUAUACAACAUUUCAGUUUAGCAUUUUUUUCACAUUGUUUUUACACGACCAUGUGAACUUGUAAGUAAUUAUGUGUAAAUCCACCGAGGUUCCUUGCCUCGCUAAGUUUUUGUUUUUUUCCUUCAGCUCUGUAAAUUGAAGUCAAAGCAACAGAAUUUUCAUGGAGGAAUCAAAUUUCUCCUGAAUUCAGAAUGUAAAUGCUUUAUCUACAUUUUUUUGAAUAGUGUUCAACAGAAUUUCAUUUUAUCA